AUGGUCGACAAGGUGGUGCGCACCGUGGCGACGCUGCUCGGAAACUCCAGCGUGUGGAAGAUUGUGAAGACGAUCGAGUCAACCACGGGGGACCUGACGGAGCGCUACUUGACGCCUGAGAAGGCUUUCGGGGGAGAAGGGAAGAGCUGGCUGGUGAACUUCCUCAAAGUCCACAAGGAGGGUGGAGGCAAGCAGGUCCGGGUGCGAGGCGUGGACGGUGCUGGACAGCCUAUCAACCACCUCUACACCAUGCAUGAGAGGAAGCUGAAGGGACACAAGCAGGGGAGCAGUUACGCAGACUGCGUGAAGCUGUGCCGCAAAUUCGCCAAGGACUGCGUGGACAACUUGAACAACCGGCUGGAUGACCUUGGGAAGCUGGGGCCGACUAAGCUGUUCCGGGCGGCGAAGUGGCCGAAGAUCAAGGCUCAGCGGGAGAAGAAGUGUAAGGAGUGGCUGAACGGAUGCAGCAGGCUGUUCCGCAACAAGCUGCCGGGAUUCGACCUCAAAGCAGCAGAGAGGGAGCUCCCGACCUUUUGUGCCAUCAUGGAGAGCCACCAUGAGAUGGAGAGCUUCACCCAGGGCCUGUCCAACUUUCUCGGGAGUCUUGACUCAAAGAGGUAG